GCGGCGGGGGGACACCAUGUCCAAGCCGGUGGAUCACGUCAAGAGGCCGAUGAACGCCUUCAUGGUGUGGUCGCGGGCGCAGCGGCGCAAGAUGGCCCAGGAGAACCCCAAGAUGCACAACUCGGAGAUCAGCAAGCGCCUGGGCGCCGAGUGGAAGCUGCUGACCGAGUCGGAGAAGCGGCCCUUCAUCGACGAGGCCAAGCGGCUGCGGGCCAUGCACAUGAAGGAGCACCCCGACUACAAGUACCGGCCCCGGCGGAAGCCCAAAACGCUGCUCAAGAAGGACAAGUUCGCUUUCCCCGUCCCCUACGGGCUGGGCGGCGUGGGGGACCACGAGCACCCGCACGGGCUGAAGGCGGGCGGGCUGCACGGCGGGGCGGCCGGCGGGCUAGUGCCCGAGUCGCUGCUGGCCAACCCCGAGAAGGCGGCGGCGGCCGCCGCCGCCGCCGCCGCCCGCGUCUUCUUCCCCCAGUCGGCCGCCGCCGCUGCAGCCGCCGCCGCCGCCGCCGCCGCCAGCAGCCCUUACUCCCUGCUGGACCUGGGCUCCAAAAUGGCCGAGAUCUCCUCCUCCUCCUCUUCCUCGGGCUCCGGGCUGCCCUACGCCUCCUCGCUGGGCUACCCCGGCGCCGGCGGGGCGGGCGCCUUCCACGGGGCCGCCGCCGCCGCCGCCGCCGCCGCGGCCGCCGCCGGGGGGCACACGCACUCGCACCCGUCGCCCGGUAACCCGGGCUACAUGAUCCCCUGCAACUGCAGCGCUUGGCCCGGCCCGGGGCUGCAGCCGCCGCUGGCCUACAUCCUCCUGCCGGGCAUGGGCAAGCCCCAGCUGGACCCUUACCCCGCAGCCUACGCCGCCGCCCUAUGACCCGCGGCCGGAGGAUGCCCGCGCAGAGCCCCGCCGCCCGCCGGCAUGGGUGCCGGUGCCAUACGUGCGGCCGGGGACGCGGGGGGGAGAACCGCCGCCGGGACCGGGCCAGGGGGCGGCGGGGGUGCGGCGGGGCCGCCGCCGACCUGUUGCGGGUCGCCCCGCCGAGGGUCGCGUCCCCGCCCGCCGCCCCGCCUAGAGCUUGUGUGUGUUGCAUGCGGUCUUUGCAGAUAGCCGAGCUGAAAAAGAAGAGAAAAAGAAAAAAAAAAAAAGUGGAAAAAAAAAAAGUAACCGGCCCGCCCUGCCCUGCCCCCAAAAAAGUGCUUAUUCGGAACAGACACCGGGAGCUCCCGUCCCUCCGCCGCCUCGCCUCGCCGCGCUGCUCUUUCCUCGGCCGCGGGUUUUCCGCUGCCCGCGCCCCGCGCGGUGCCGGACUCGGAAAAGUCCCGCUGCAGCAUCGCCGCCGCCGGAACGGGACAGGGGGAGAAGAGGCCCGGGCAGGGCAGGGCGAGGGGCGGCCCCGGUAAAGGAGAGGGCUGCCGCCGCGUGCGUGGUUCGUACCCCCUCCGUGGGCCAGCGGGAGCGGGAUCCAGGCCAAGAAGGAGCCGGCGGUGCGGGAUGCUGCCCGUUCCCCCCGCCCCGUGUGGGUUCCUGCCGUCCGCUGCUACGGGACGCUGACAGGCGCGGGUGGUGACUUCCACGAGAGGAAAGACGCGUGACUCUCGGUCCCCGUGUGUCGUGUCUCCCCCCCCCCACCUCCUCCCUCCCCUCCAGUCAUUAAGUCUCACGCUCAGACUGUAAAUUUGUAUAUCUCUGUGGAAACGUUAGGUCUCGGAUUGAAAACUCUCUUACUUUACUGCGCCCACGGUCGAUUCAGUUUUAACCUGAAAAAAAAAAAAAAAAGGAAUGCCUUUCAAAGGGAAUAAAAAAUAUUGCGAGACCGCUCGGGGAUCGCAAUAUUAUCUAAGGUUAAAUCAGACUUUUUUGUCUGAGUGAUAAUUAUCUAUUUAUUAUUUAGCUGAACUGGAACAGAGCUUUGCUUUGACAGAAGAGUAUUCUCAUUUAAAAGAAAAUCCGUCUCCCCCGCCAACAUGAAGUGUUUCACAUGUGUUUUGGAGUACCCUACCUGUUUAGCUUAUUUUAGAGCGACUGCAAUUCAAUUGCAAAUGGCGAUUUUAAAAGAAGCAAAAAUCAAAACAACAACAACAAAUUUUAGAGAAAAAAAAAUCCUUCAUCAGUUUAGAGUUCUUUUUUGGUUUACUUUUGUAAUGUGUAUAUUUUGACUAAUGUUUGUGAAUGAAGCUGGCUAACAUGUAUUUAGUUUCAUUUUGGCUUUAUGUAAUAUAAAGUAAAAAAAAAAAAGAUUAAGUAUUGGUUUUAACAUUUACGUGUAAAUGGUUUUCUUGUGUGAUCUUCUAAUUUAAAGUUAGACGUCUAAACUAUAUCUGUAAAUUAGAUUCCGACUACCACUCUGUUCAUUUUUGAACAAAGAGUUUAAAUAAAGCCUGAAGCAGGGAAAAGAGAAAAUCCUCUAUUUC